AUGUCUAGAAUACGAGAACGUUUUUGCGGGUCAAAGGAUAGUUCGGGUAAUCGUGGCACCGAUAUUGAGAUGAAAGAAACGGCUCCAAUUUUGCCAAAAAAAUUGGAUGAUUCAACACCCAAAAUUGAGAUCAACUAUGCGCUUGACGAUGACGCUUAUUUAAGACUGAACGUCGGUGGCCGUACCUUUAUUCUUCGAAAAAGUACCAUUGCUCGUAGACAAACCGGUUUAUUAAAUAUACUCCUUCAAAGUUCACAUGAUGAACGACUGAAAAUUGUUGAUGGUUAUUUUAACGAAACAAAUGAAUAUUUUUUUGAACGAUCACCAAACCAUUUUCCUAUGAUAUAUCAGUAUUAUCUGAAUGGAAUUGUACAUCAAAAUGCCGAUGUUUGCCCAGAAGAUUUAUUAGAAGAAUUAAAUUUUUGGCAACUACCAUUGGACGAUAUUAGCGACAGUUGUAUCUGUACAAUGGAUCCAAUUGAAGAUGAAGAAAUUGAACCAAUUACUGAUGGCAAAAAUUAUCUGAGCAACAACAACGAUAAAACUUUCUUUCAAAAAUUAAAACGAAAAAUUUGGCGUCUUGUCGAAGAUCCCAAUAGCUCAAGAUAUGCUCAACUGUUUGCUGCCGUAUCGGUUUUAUUUGUAUUAAUCUCAAUAUCUGGUCUUGUUAUGGGUUCAAUACCGGAACUACAGGUCCCGUCACAGCGUAAAAAUUUUACGGGUUUUGACAUGGAACCAUUAACGGAGCCUCAUCCGAUAUUUAGUACUAUUGAGUAUGUUUGUAUACUAUGGUUUGUAUUCGAAUAUGUGCUAAAAUUAUCCGUCAGCUAUGAUCGUAAAAAGACUUUCUUAAAAUUGCUCAAUAUAAUCGAUCUUCUUGCAAUAUUACCGUUUCUUAUUGAAUUUGCAUUUAUUUUGGUCGGUGCCAGUACAGCUGAAAUGCAAGACUGGAAGGGAGCUUUUUUGGUUAUUCGAAUUCUUCGAGUAUUACGGGUAAUACGGGUUUUAAAGUUGGGUAGAUAUAGUAGUGGCCUACAGCUGUUCGGCAAAACGCUCAAGGCUAGUUUUCGACAAUUAGGAAUGAUGGCAAUGGUUGUUUUUACUGGUGUCAUAUUUUUUGGUACACUUAUGUAUUUUAUUGAAAAAGAUGAACCAAGUACACAGUUUACAACAAUACCGGCCGGAUGUUGGUGGUAA